AUGACAGAGAUUGAGUCCCUGGUCAACAAUGUCCGGUGGGACCAUGUGGUUGUAGAUGAAGAUUUCGAUGCAGGCAAUAACUCUUCCAAACUUUUUGAAAGAUCAAGGAUAAAGGCCCUUGCAGAUGAACGUGAGCUGGUGCAGAAGAAGACUUUCCAGAAAUGGGUGAACUCACACCUGAUUCGGGUCAACAGCAAAAUCCAGGACCUGUAUGUGGAUCUCCGGGACGGCAAGAUGCUGAUGAAGCUGCUGGAGGUUCUCUCGGGCGAGAGGCUGCCUCGACCAACCAAAGGCAAGAUGAGAAUCCAUUGCCUGGAGAAUGUUGACAAAGCUCUGACCUUCCUCCACGAGCAACGGGUUCACUUGGAAAACAUGGGUGCUCAUGACAUUGUGGACGGCAGCGCCCGGUUGACCCUGGGUCUCAUCUGGACCAUCAUCCUCAGAUUUCAGAUUCAAGACAUUACCAUUGAAGAGUAUGACAACAAUGAGACCAGGUCAGCCAAAGAUGCCCUCCUGCUGUGGUGUCAGAUGAAGACCGCAGGCUACCCCAAUGUGAACGUACGCAACUUCACCACUAGCUGGCGGGACGGCCUGGCCUUCAAUGCCCUGAUCCAUAAACACAGACCUGACUUGAUCCACUAUGAGAAGCUUCAGAAAUCCAACGCCAUGUACAACUUGAACAAUGCCUUCACUGUUGCCGAGGAGAAACUAGGCCUGACCAGUCUGCUGGAUCCUGAAG